ACUGAACUACUAAAUCAUGGUAACCUUCCUUCCAGCCUCCUUGACUAAGGAGGAGAUUCCAGUUCUGUUUCAUGAGCCUCAUGUUCUUAAAGGGUUUAGGCAGUUGCAUUAUCCAUGGCAUUCUUACUUCUUAAGCAUCUUCCAGUGGCACAAUGAACUGUUGAACAUUUGGACCCAUUUGCUGGCACUGAUCAUGGUGUUAAUCAGGGGAGGGAUGUGGUGGAUGGAGUUUGAUUUAAUAUCUGAUCCUUACAUGUGGCCUCUCAGUGUGGGAAUCAUCACCAUGAUUAUACUGUACAUGUGUAGCUCUGGUGCCCACUGUUUACAGAAUAGGUCAGAGUUGGUUCACUACACCUGUUUUAUGUUUGACUAUGCGGGGAUCGGACUGUAUGGCUUUGGUAGCACCAUGCUCCAUUACUGGUAUUGUCUGCAUGAGAGUUUUCUUGGCUCUCUUUCACACCAGCUGGCCAUACCAGUGGGGGCAGUGUUGGCCCUCCUUGUCUGUAUCUGCUGCUCUAUAUCUAAAACAAAAUACAAACGUCCCUACCCUUUCACCAGGCGCAUCUGGCAGAUGUCUUCAGUUCUCUCCAUUUACAUAUGGUUAAUUUUCCCUAUUUGGUACAGAAUUUGGCUGUUUGUACGUAAUGGUGCAUGGGAGGCAAGCUUUAAGCACCACCUUCAGCAAAUGUUUUGGUUCACUCUUGGAGGUUUCUUCUUUGGCUCUGACAUUCCUCAAAGGUUUUCUCCUGGUACGUUUGAUAUCUUGGGUCACAGCCAUCAACUGUUUCAUAUGUGCAUAUUCAUGACGACAUAUGAACAGCUGAAUGCCCUAUAUUUGGAGAUAACAGACAGUGUUGUGGUCCAUGAAAUGGAGGCUCCGACAUUUCUCAACACCUGGGGGGUGCUUGCUGCUGUCAUCGUGGCUAACGCCUUUGUCGUGUACUACUUCCACACAUCUGUUUGUGCCAAGCUGGAGAGGGAGCACAAGGAACAAGAGGAAGUUGGGGGAGAGGAAGGCUCAAAGGAUGCUGGCCAAUGUUGUGCUACUGGUGGGCUGGUGAACGGCACCAGCACCCACCUCCGCCAAAGGAAUGGCAUCGGUCAUGCUGAUUGUCAUUAACCUCAUUAGCUGCAAUUUUAUUUCUUCUUUCUUUUUUUUUUCCUGAUACCUUAAACAAUAACAAAUAAUCGGUACUAUUAAAAGAUGUUAACAGUCUAAAUUUUUUUAAAAACUUGUAUACAAAUGAACAUAAGGCAUACAAAUUCAAGAACAAACAACUGGCCUACUUCUAUGUUUACUGACAUUGUAUUUUAAUUUUUUUUGAUUAGCUAAGAUCUCCCUCACUUUAUCUUAUUAUUUAAUUGAUGAUGGAGUUUUACACAAGUUGAAUUUAAUAUUGAUUGUGAAAUUAAGUUUGCACCUGAUAUUCAAAGAUAGUAAAUUUUAUAUCUACAAAAUUUUAAAAAAGUUUAUAAUGAGAAUAAUUUUACUAGUCUUGGAUCAAGAGUGGGAUCUGUGUGGUGUUAUCCACACAGAAUAUCUGCAAAUAUUUUGUAUUGCUGCCUAGUUAGCUUUUCUGACACAAUAGAUUUUUAAUAAUUUUUUAAAAGAAUCUCUAGUCUUUUUUGCCACUUUACUUAGUCUAGCUUAAAUUCAAUUAGACUCAUACAAUUUUUUUCUCUUACAAUUAAAGCACAAAAUUCCCAUUUAGAAUUGCAUCAUGGCACUCCUGCAAAUGUUUUUAAAACCCAAUAAAAUUUUAAAAUAGUCUGUUGAUAUAUGUUUUUAUAAAUAAACCCCACUUCAGACAAAAUAAUUUCUGCAAUGUUUUUUUAGAUGUUUAUUUGAUCAUUGCUGAUAAUUAUGGAUUGCCCCCCUCCUCCCCCCUUUAAUGUACCUAACCCAUUAAACUUAAAGUGCCUGUCUUGCAAUGUUGCUGUGCAGUUUUCUUCCACGUUUCCCAGUAAUUUAAUUGCUGAUUUAGAAAUAAGAUUUCUUAUUUGUUAGCUGAAGGCACAAUCCUGGCUUAGUUUUAGCAGUUAAAAAAUUCCAGCACAUUUUAAAAAUUAAAUUUCUUUUCAUUAUGUAUUAAAUUUUGAUUCUGUAUUGGCUAAUGUCACACAUUUUUCACAUAGUUGAUAGUAUCGUGUUACAGCAGUUAUUUAGUAAUAAAAUAUGUUGAAUCCUUUGGGAUUAUAACACUUGUAGUUGACACAUCUUUGGUGAUGUCACAUUGUUUAAGGUGAUCAGCUUCACAAU